AUGGACGGCUCGGACAACGCCAGCCUGCUCUUUGCCCCGUCCUCUCUGCCGCCGGACAACGCCACCCUGGAGCCCAACGCCAGCAGCCCGAGCCCAGGCACGGACUUCCCGCUCGUCCUCACCCCCAGCCCGGGGCCCGGGAUCGAUCUGGCUCCCAGCCUCAGCUUCGGCCUCGGUCCCAGCCCGACCCCGACGCCGGUCCCCGAGCCGACGAGCAGCGCCUGGGCGGGCGGCGGCGCGGCGGGCCCGGGCCCGUCCCCGUUCCCGCGGCCCUGGGCCCCCCACGACCCCCCGUUCUGGGACACGCCGCUCAACCACGGGCUGAACGUGCUGGUGGGCGCGGCGCUGUGCAUCACCAUGCUGGGCCUGGGCUGCACCGUGGACGCCCACCGCUUCGGCGCGCACGUCCGCCGGCCCCUGGGCGCGCUGCUGGCCGCGCUCUGCCAGUUCGGCCUCCUGCCGCUGCUCGCCUUCCUGCUCGCGCUCAUGCUCCGCCUGGACGAGGUGGCCGCCGUGGCCGUGCUCCUGUGCGGGUGCUGCCCCGGCGGCAACCUCUCCAACCUCAUGUCCCUGCUGGUGGACGGCGACAUGAACCUCAGCAUCAUCAUGACCAUCUCCUCCACGCUCCUGGCGCUGGUCCUGAUGCCCCUCUGCCUGUGGAUCUACAGCCGGGCUUGGAUCAACACCCCGCUGGUUCAGUUACUCCCCCUGGGCGCUGUGACCCUGACGCUCUGCAGCACGCUCAUCCCCAUCGGCCUGGGUGUCUUCAUCCGCUACAAGUACAACCGCGUGGCUGACUACAUCGUGAAGAUUUCCCUGUGGUCUCUGCUGGUGACUCUGGUGGUCCUUUUCAUAAUGACGGGCACUAUGUUAGGACCAGAACUGCUGGCAAGUAUUCCUGCAUCUGUUUAUGUGGUAGCCAUCUUUAUGCCCUUGGCAGGAUAUGCCUCAGGCUAUGGCUUAGCUACUCUAUUCCAGCUCCCACCCAACUGCAAGAGGACUGUUUGUCUGGAAACAGGAAGUCAGAAUGUGCAGCUCUGUACAGCCAUUCUCAAACUGGCCUUCCCCCCACGCUUCAUAGGAAGUAUGUACAUGUUUCCCUUACUUUAUGCCCUUUUCCAGUCUGCGGAAGCAGGGAUAUUCGUUUUAAUAUACAAGAUGUAUGGAAGUGAGAUAUUGCACAAGAGAGAGCCUCUAGAUGAAGAUGAAGAUACAGAUAUUUCUUAUAAGAAACUAAAAGAAGAGGAGAUGGCAGACACUUCCUAUGGCACAGUGCAAGCAGAUAACUUAAUAAUGAUGGAAACCACCCAGACUUCGCUCUGAACAUGGAGAUGCAGAGGAGCGCCUGUCUUGAGGAUAUAUUCAUAUUUAUGGCCUGUGGUAGGCGUAUGUUUACAGAAAGGGUAACAAUUCGCUCCCCUUCCAUUAACAAUUUUGAUCUUCCCAUUGUAAAGUUGCAGUGGCAUAGUAACCAAGUGUCCUCAUAAAUUACAAAUCACUGUUCUAAUAUGUCAUCCACCUGGAUCACCUAAAUUGGAGCCUCAUCUGGUUACCUGUGACUUUAGGUUUUCUCCACUCCCAUUUUCUCUGAAUGUUUUGCAG